ACAGGGAUCGCACGCGCCGCUGCGCCGCACGCAUGCGCCCUCCCCUCGCAGAGCCCCGCACUCGGAGCCCAGCGCUAUCGCUCUCCCAGCCUCAACCACAAGGGUCCUGCACUUUCCCCACAUUUCGAUUCCGACUUUGCCUGAAGGCGGAAGUGAGUGGGCGGGAAGGCCUAGCGCCCCUCCCCGGAAGUGGGCGGGGACUCACCGGGCCCUACGUUCGUCCCCGCUGCCUCCCAGUCGGUUUGAGGCUGAGGCCGGUCCUGGCUUUGUAGCCUGCUCAAGAUGGCUGCGCAACCACCCACCGGGAUCCGACUCAGCGCGCUUUGCCCGAAGUUUUUACAUACAAAUUCUACUAGUCACACAUGGCCAUUCAGUGCAGUCGCUGAAUUAAUAGAUAAUGCGUACGAUCCUGAUGUGAAUGCUAAACAGAUAUGGAUUGACAAAACAGUGAUAAAUGACCAUAUAUGCUUGACAUUCACUGAUAAUGGGAAUGGUAUGACUUCAGAUAAACUACAUAAAAUGCUCAGCUUUGGCUUCAGUGACAAAGUCACCAUGAAUGGUCAUGUCCCAGUUGGAUUGUAUGGAAAUGGAUUCAAGUCAGGCUCUAUGCGUUUGGGUAAAGAUGCAAUAGUUUUUACCAAAAAUGGAGAAAGCAUGAGUGUGGGCUUCUUGUCUCAGACCUACUUGGAAGUCAUAAAAGCAGAACACGUUCUUGUCCCAAUAGUGGCAUUCAACAAACACCGACAGAUGAUUAAUUUAGCAGAAUCAAAAGCAAGUCUUGCUGCAAUUCUGGGACAUUCUCUGUUUUCAACGGAACAGAAAUUACUUGCAGAACUUGAUGCUGUUAUGGGUAAGAAGGGGACAAGGAUCAUCAUUUGGAAUCUUAGAAGCUAUAAAAAUGCAACUGAGUUUGAUUUUGAUAAGGAUAAAUAUGACAUCAGAAUUCCUGAAGAUCUAGAUGAGACAACUGGAAAGAAAGGGUACAGGAAGCAAGAAAGGAUGGACCAAAUUGCCCCUGAGAGUGACUAUUCCCUGAGGGCUUACUGCAGUAUAUUGUAUCUAAAGCCAAGAAUGCAGAUCAUCUUACGUGGACAGAAAGUAAAGACACAGCUAGUUUCGAAGAGUCUUGCUCUCAUUGAACGUGAUGUUUAUCGGCCCAAAUUUUUAACCAAAACGGUAAGAAUUACUUUUGGAUUCAACUGCAGAAAUAAAGAUCAUUAUGGAAUAAUGAUGUAUCACCGAAAUAGACUCAUCAAAGCUUAUGAAAAAGUAGGAUGUCAGUUAAGGGCAAACAACAUGGGAGUUGGAGUAGUAGGAAUUAUAGAGUGUAAUUUCCUAAAGCCAACUCAUAAUAAACAAGAUUUUGACUAUACUAAUGAAUACAGGCUCACAAUAGCAGCACUAGGAGAAAAGCUGAAUGAUUACUGGAAUGAAAUGAAAGUGAAGAAAAAUACAGACUAUUCUCCAAAUUUGCCAGUUGAAGAAAUACAGAAACGUCCUGAUCAGACAUGGGUUCAAUGUGAUUCCUGUCUAAAGUGGCGAAAAUUACCAGAUGGAAUAGAUCAACUUCCAGAAAAAUGGUAUUGCUCCAAUAACUCUGACCCACAGUUCAGAAAUUGUGAUGUUCCAGAAGAACCUGAAGAUGAGGAUUUGGUGCAUCCCACUUAUGAAAAAACCUACAAAAAGAAAGACAAGGAAAAAUUGAGGAUCAGACAACCGGAAAUGAUCCCUCGGAUUAAUGCUGAGCUAUUGUUUAGGACAACGACUGUGUCAAGUCAGAGCUUUUCUCCUGUGAAGGAAAGUGUUCCAAGAGGACACCUUUCAGAAGCAGCAAAUACUUACACAACAAGACUUACAAAUAAUCAUCGAGGUUCACCCCAUUCUGAACCUGAGAGCAACAGCCUCAAACGGAGACUUUCUACUCGUUCCUCAAUUUUGAAUGCAAAGAGCCGGAGGUUCAGCAAUCAAGCAUUUGAAAAUUCAUCUUACAAAAAUGUUGAUGAUGAAGAUGUCAUCAUCUUGGAAGAAAACAGCACCCCCAAGCCUGCAGGAGAUCAUGAUGUUGAAGUAAAAUUGGAGCAGAGUCACAUUGAGCAAAGUGGUGCUCAGGUUGAGCCUGUGGCUGAUAAUGAACCUUGUGGUCAGACUAGUUCAACAGGCAUCUCAUCCAGAUGUGAUCAGGGAGCUACCAUGGCUACCCAGACUGAAGUACCAAGUUUCAUUGUUAAAAAGGAAGAAACCAUUGAAGAUGAGAUAGAUGCAAGAAAUGAUACAGCAGUACUGCCAUCCUGUGUGGAAGCUGAAGGAAAGACACAUGAACCUCAGGAAACCUUUGAUAAAUCUGUGGCUGAUACUGGUUGCCAGUUAAGUGAACUGAGAAAUGAGUUGCUUCUAGUCGCUCAGGAAAAAGAAAAUUAUAAAAGACAGUGUCAUGUGUUUACCGACCAAAUCAAAGUGUUACAACAGAGGAUACUGGAAAUGAACAACAAAUAUGUGAAGAAAGAAACUUGCCAUCAGUCUACUGAAACUGAUGCUGUAUUUUUACUGGGAAGUGUUAAUGGCCAGUCUGAAAGUCCAGACCAUGUGGUGUACCAGUAUCGGCAAGCUUUGGAAGAAAUAGAAAGGCUGAAGAAACAAUGUAGUGCUUUGCAACAUGUAAAGGCUGAAUGCAGUCAGUGUUCCAAUAGUGAGAGUAAAAGUGAAAUGGAUGAAAUGGUGGUGCAGCUUGAUGAUGUAUUUAGACAGCUGGACAAAUGCAGUAUUGAGAGGGACCAGUAUAAAAGUGAGGUUGAAUUACUGGAAAUGGAAAAAUCACAAAUCCGUUCACAGUGUGAAGAACUGAAAAGUGAAAUCGAACAAUUAAAAUCUGCAAGUCAGAAGAUAGGAACAGAUGUUUCAACAUCAAGUAACAUUGAGGAGUCUGUAAAUUACACUGAUGAGGAAAGCCUCAAACUUCGAUCUCUUCGAGUUAACGUAGGACAACUGCUGGCCAUGAUUGUACCUGAUCUCAAUCUUCAGCAAGUGAAUUAUGACGUUGAUGUAGUUGAUGAAAUUUUAGGACAAGUUGUUGAACAAAUGAGUGAAAUCAGUAGUACUUAAAGUAUAUUUUAUAUGAGGUAAUAAGAUACUUGCUCAGUCCUUUGGUUGUAUAGCUUUCAAGUGUAAAAAUUUUGAUUUUAUAGAUGUGAUAGUUAACAGGCUGAAGAACCAUAAUCUUUACAGUAUUCUAUGCAUCAAGUGUGGCCACAGCAGUGUGGACACAUUAUCACACCUUUUACAAUGCCUAUGAAUCAUUGGUAUUGAACAGCUGGUAGCUAACUCAUGAGUCUGUUUUUGAAAUGUAAAUAUUUGUAAUUAAGUCUGCACAUAUUUUUUUAUUAC